ACAACGUCAUUUAGCAACUUUUAGCAACAAAUCGACCUGCCUCUAGCAACUUUCCCUGAAAAUUAGUUGGUAACACUGCUCCCGAGUGUGUGAAAGUGUCUCUGUCUGUUUAUAACUUCCUUCAAACGAAGACAAUGAACAACCUAAUUCGGUCGACAGUUCGCUGUCUUCGGUUGAGUUCGUCGGUCUAUCCACCGAAGCAAGUUGAUGGACAACAUGCAUCGUUGGUGUCCUCGGCCCGGCUCAUGUGUUCUGCGGCCUUUCAGAAAGACCUUGGUGAUAUGGUGAAGAAGGACAAGGUGGUGGUGUUUAUGAAAGGGACGCCUGCCCAGCCAAUGUGUGGUUUCAGUAAUGCCGUGGUUCAGAUACUGAGGAUGCAUGGUGUGAAUGAAUAUGCUGCAUAUAACGUGUUGGAUGACCAGGAUCUCAGACAAGGAGUGAAGGACUUCUCCAACUGGCCCACGAUCCCACAGAUAUUCUUAAAUGGAGAGUUUGUGGGUGGCUGUGACAUCUUCCUACAGAUGCACCAGAAUGGAGACUUGGUAGAGGAGCUCCAGAAGCUUGGGAUCCGCUCUGCGCUGCUGGACGCUGAGAAAGAAUCCAAGUAGACAAACCAGUCGGUCGGUUUCCAGUGUAGAGAAAGCUGGUGGUUGACUUAGCCCCAUAACCCCCUAGGCACUUGUGUAGAUCUUAGAAGAUUUGUUAUAUGUACGUGAAAGCGCACCUUUUUCAGCCUCAUACUGAAUGUUUUCAGAAGACACUGGCAUGGUGAAGCUACAAGCAUGUUGUGCAGGUGGCUAAGAGCAUUGUAACCCAAAAGGUUGCUUGUUUAAAUUCCUGAGCCAACUAGGUGAGAAAUCUGUCGAUGUGCCCUUGAGCAAGGCCCUUACACCUAAUUGCUCCUGAAAGUCGCUCUGGAUAAGAGUGUCUGCUAAAUGACUAAACUGUUCUGUACAUAACCAUCUAUUUCAGAUCUACAAAAGAGCCUGGGGGCUAAGGGUUGAUUUGGGAUUGGGCAUAUGAAAUGUUGCCCCUUCCACAAGUCCUAUAAGAAGGUGUGUAAUACAAUAGAACCUGCAGAAGACCAAACUGCCCUCAGGUGCCUAGGAUAUGAGAUAUCAAACCAGCCAGGGGAUCCCUUCAAAACGUACUGCCUGUAUACGUUUACUGUUUGACUGCAUUAUUCCACAAACAUGUUCUCGCUAAAGCAUUUAGAGCCGCUCAAAUGCAACAAUCCACAUCUUUCCUUUCUUCCGCAAUAUGAUCACUGAUCCAGUUUAAUUAUAUAGCGAGAAGUAGUGUGAUGAAGCUUGCUUUUGUCAAGUCAAUAGUCUCAUGUGGAGGAAGGGAGAGUACACAUUAAAACAAUAUUCAAACAGGACUACUAGACUUCCUGACAAUCAGUACAUCAACAUUUCCAUCUGCUGCAUACAUACAUUUAUGUUAUCUAAUGCUCAUGUAGUACACUGUAUAUUUAAGAUAUUGUACAUUGAAAUAUUAUUACAUAUAUUUUAGGUGCAUGUAAACUCUCAAUUAAAUAUUUUCCCACACAAAUGGUCAGUGUUCUGGAAAUUCUAGAUUGUGAGUAUGUUGCACUCUUUCCUCAGUGUGAGGAAAGUAUUUUGUAGUUGACUUGUGUGCAUGUGCAGCAGUCUAGUGCCCUUGUAACUAUUGAUGUUAAUUUUGUUGGAGCUAGUUGUUGCUUUAGAGGUCAUUGUGCCCUGCCUGGAAAAUGAUCUAGACUUACUUGGCCUAUUUUCUCCACCUGGUCUCUCAGGAGGGUUUUCUCAUUUGGGCAAAAGUCCAUCUUUUUGCCGUGAACUGAAAACAUAAGUGGUUGAGUGUGUCAAUUUGUUGGUAGGCAAACAGUGUCUUCCUCGAUAGCCACAUUUCAUUCAGAAUACUUGUAUCCUACCGUGGAAGAGUUUUGACACUUCCUCUUUGAAUCAGCUUUUGUUUUGUCAGAGGAGUCAUUUUUAUUUUAACUUUACUUAACCAGAUAGGCUAGUUGAGAAGUUCUAAUUUAAAACUGCGACCUGACCAAGAUAAAGCAAAGCAGUGUGACACAAACAACACAGUUACACAUGGAAUAAACAAAACAUACAGUCAAUAACACAAUAGGGACAAAGGUCUAUAUACAGUGUGUGCAAAUGAGGUAAGAUAAGGGAGGUAAGGAAAUAAAUUGGCAAUUUAGCAAUUAAACACUGGAGUGAUGUGCAGAAACAGAAUGUGCAAGUAGAGCUACUGGGGUGCAAAGGAGCAAAAAAAUAACAGUAUGGGGAUGAGGUAGUUAGAUGGGCUAUGUGCAGUGAUCUGACAGCUGGUGCUUAAAGCUAGUGAGGGAGAUAUGAGUCCAGCUUCAGUGAUUUUUGCAAUUCGUUCUGGAAGGAAAGGCAGCCAAAAUAAGUGUCGGGUUUGGGGUGACCAGUGAAAUAUACCUGCUAGAGCGUGUGCUACGGGUGGGUGCUGCUAUGGUGACCAGUGAGCUAAGGCAGGGCUUUACCUAGCAAAUACUUAUAUAUGAUCUGGAGCCAGUGGGUUUGGUGACGAAUAUGAAGCGAGGGCCAGCCAACGAGAGUAUACAGGUCGCAGUGAUGGAUAGUAUAUAGGGCUUUGGUGACAAAACGGAUGGCACUGUGAUAGACUGCAUUCAAUUUGCUGAGUAGACUGUUGGAGGCUAUUUUGUAAAUGACAUCGCCAAAGUCAAGGAUCGGUUGGAUAGUCAGUUGUACGAGGGGAUGUUUGGCAGCAUGAGUGAAGGAUGCUUUGUUUUGCGAAAUAAUAAUAAUAAUUUUGGAUUGGAGAUGCUUAAUGUGAGUCUGGAAGGAUAGUUUACAGUCUAACCAGACACCUAGGUAUUUGUAAAUGUCCACAUAUUCUAAGUCAGAACCGUCCAGAGUAGUGAUGCUAGAUGGGCGGGCAGGUGCUGGUAGCGAUCGGUUGAAGAGCAUGCAUUUAGUUUUACUUGCAUUUUAGAGCAGUUGGAGGCAACGGAAGGAGAGUUGUAUAGCAUUUGAAGCUUGUCUGGAGGUGAGUUAACACAGUAUCCAAAGAAGGGCCAGAAGUAUACAGAAUGGUAUCGUCUGCGUAGAGGUGGAUCAGAGAAUCACCAGUAGCAAGAGCAACAUCAUUGAUGUAUACAGAGAAAAGAGUCAGUCUGAGAAUUUAACCCUGUGGCACCCCCAUAGAGACUGCCAGAGGUCCGGACAACAGGCCCUCCGAUUUGACACACUGAACUCUGUCUGUGAAGUAGUUGGUGAACCAGGCGAGGCAGUCAUUUAAGAAACCAAGGAUGUUGAGUCUCCCGAAAACAAUGUGGUGAUUGACAGAGUCGAAAGCCUUGGCCAGGUCGAUGAAUACAGCUGCACAGUAUUGUCUCUUUUCGAUGGAGGUUAUGAUAUUGUUUAGGACCUUGAGCGUGGCUGAGGUGCACCCAUGACCUGCUCGGAAACCAGAUUGCUUAGCGGAGAAGGAACGGUGGGAUUCGAAAUGGUCGGUGAUCUGUUUGAUAACUUGGCUUUCAAAGACCUUAGAAAGGCAGGGUAGGAUAGAUAUGUCUGUAGCAGUUUGGGUCUAGUGUGUCUCCCCCUUUGAAGAGGUUGAUGACCGUGGUAGCUUUCCAAUCUUUGGGGAUCGCAGACAAUACAAAAGAGAGGUUGACCAGGCUAGUAAUAGGGGUUGCAACAAUUUCAGCUGAUCAUUUUAGUAAGAGUGUCCAGAUUGUCUAGUCCUGCUGAUUUGUAGGGGUCCAGAUUUUGCAGCUCUUUCAGAACAUCAGCUAUCUGGAUUUGGGUGAAGGAGAAAUGGGGAGGCUUGGGCAAGUUGCUGUAGGGGGUGCAGGGCUGUUGACCAGGGUAGGGGUGGCCAGGUGGAAAGCAUGGCCAGCUGUAGGAAAAUGCUUAUUGAAAUGCUCAAUUAUCAUGGAUUUAUUGGUGGUGACAGUGGUUUCCUAGCCUCAGUGCAGUGGGCAGCUGCGAGGAGGUGCUCUUAUUCUCCAUGGACUUUAGUGUCCCAGAACAUUUGGGAGUUUGUGCUGCAGGAUGCACAUUUCUGUUUGAAAAAGCUAGCCGUUGCUUACUGCCUGUGUGUAUUGGUUCCUAACUUCCCUGAAAAGUUGCAUAUCGCGGGGGCUGUUUGAUUCUAUUUUAAUUUUAUUUUAAUUGUUUUAUUUUUUAUUUCACCUUUAUUUAACCAGGUAGGCUAGUUGAGAACAAGUUCUCAUUUGCAACUGCGACCUGGCCAAGAUAAAGCAUAGCAGUGUGAACAGACAACACAGAGUUACACAUGGAGUAAACAAUUAACAAGUCAAUAACACAGUAGGAAGAAAAAAAAGAAAAGGGGAGUCUAUAUACAUUGUGUGCAAAAGGCAUGAGGAGGUAGGCGAAUAAUUACAAUUUUGCAGAUUAACACUGGAGUGAUAAAUGAUCAGAUGGUCAUGUACAGGUAGAGAUAUUGGUGUGCAAAAGAGCAGAAAAGUAAAUAAAUAAAAACAGUAUGGGGAUGAGGUAGGUAAAAAAGGGUGGGCUAUUUACCGAUAGACUAUGUACAGCUGCAGCGAUCGGUUAGCUGCUCAGAUAGCAGAUGUUUGAAGUUGGUGAGGGAGAUAAGUCUCCAACUAAUGCAGAAUGCCACAGGAUGUUUUUGUGCUGGUCAAGGGCAAUCAAGUCUGGCGUGAACCACGGGCUAUAUCUGUUCCUGGUUCAACAUUUUACAGAAGGAAUGUGGCGUUGGUCAGCUUUAAGUCCCUUGGCUUGCACAUCACUGACAAUCUGAAAUGGUCCAUUCACACAAACAGUGGUGAAAAAACAACUCCCCUUCAACCUCAGGAUGAAGAAUUUCAAAUGGGCCCUUAAGACCCUCACAAAUUACAGAUGCACCAUAGAGAGCUUCCUAUCAGGCUGUAUCACCGCUUGGUACGGCAAUUUCACCGUCCGCAACUGCAGGGCACUCCAGAGGGUGGUGCGGUCAGCUCAACGCAUCACCGGGGUACACUGCCUACCCUCCAGGACCCGGGGUCACAGUAAGGCCAAGGAUCUGUCACCCGAGCCACAGCCUGUUCACCCUGCUACCAUCUAGAACAUGGAGACGGUACAGGGGCAUCCAAGCUGGUGUAAAUAAAAUGUGAUUAUAGAGCGUUUAAGCUAUAACAAUUGUUGUGAAAUUAAGAUUGAAUUGUUACUGUAAAUUGUGGAAAUAAUGCAUAAUGUAGAAGAUUAAGAUGUCCUGAAGUAUUUGUAACACCUUGGCAUUGAAGUGAUGUAUUUUGACUAAAUGGAGCCUUGUCUCUAGCAGUGUACUAUGGGAGCAUGACCAAGCUGGUUUUCAUGGCCUCCAAGUGGCAGUAUACAGGAACUGCAAUCAAUAAUAAUGGAAUCUCCCCAAAUGACUUCUGUAAAGCAUUGUCACUUACUCCUUGGUGGAAUAAACAAUCACCUUCUCA